GCGAGCUUGCCAAACUGUAAAGCUAUCAUUCCUUGGCAAUAUGAAAGCCCAGAGGCCUAGCAAGCACCCGAGCUCGCUCGCCCUCCGCAAGUCGCGACUGGAAUUCCCAUAUCGCUACCCAUAUCGCUACCCAUAUCGCUACAAGCAUCAAUCAUGUAUCCCGAUAGCUCGAUAGCUCGUAGUCGCGCUCUCGCGGAAUCCAACUUGUAAGCGGAAUGGGGUGCUAAGCUCUUUCACACACGUCUGGCUGGGAGUGUGGGCUGGGCGGGCGUUGCCCUGCCAGGUUACUUGCAGCACUAGCACGCUGGGAGCGUCAAGAGUGCGCGCGUGUGCGUCCUGUGCAUCUAUGGGCCUUCGAGCGCGCGACCCCGCCAGAAGACAGCUACAGGCGCUGGGGGCGGGUCAGAAUAUUGCAGUGCUCGGCUGCUUUGUGCGAGGGGCUGACACAACGGGCGUGCAAUUGGAUCUGGAUCGGCUUACUGCUUUCAUGAACAAGCUGGUUGCCGCCUCGCAGUCGCUGACCCUUCCUGCCAGGAUCCGCAUCACUAAGUCAGCCGACGGGGCCUUUAACUUUGGGCUUGGCAACGUUUACCUGCACCAGAUGAUCCCCACGUCUCCGACUGUCGCAACCUGGGUGCUUGGGCGCAACCUGACCAACACCCCCAACACUGCAAACACAGCAUUCAAGGCUGGCAUGGACAUUGGGCAGAGCCAGUGGCUAUGCGGCGGCACCGUGCGGCUGCUGACGGUGCUGGGCUUCACCCUCAGCCUCGAAAAGUGCCAACUCAGCCCAUCACACCGCGUGCGAUUCCUGGGCUUCAUCGUGGACGCGCAAGAGGAGGUGUUUGAGGUGCCGCCCGAGAAGGUGGCGGCGCUAGCCACCGAAGUGGCGGAACUGCACGGAAGAGGAGGUGUCACCUACCGCGAGGUGGCGCGCGUGGCGGGCCGCAUCAUGGCCAUGAGCCCCGCGGUCUCAACGGCACCGCUACACGCGCGUGUAGUUGGGUGUGCGGCGGCCGGCGUGAUCAGCUGGGAGGAAGCCGUGGGCGACCCGCGGGCGUUCCUGCAGCGCGCCGAGUUGUUUGUGCGCCUGCUGCGCACCAGCAACGGCAAGGCCUGGUGGCCGCGUAAGCCAGCGCUGCAGCUGCAAGCCGCCGGCGACGCAUCCGACAAGCUCGCCUGGUUCCCGCGCUCGGCACCUACCCAGCAGGAGGCGGACGCCCUAUCCAAAUACGAAGACAGCACGCAGUGGAGUCUCAACCAGCAGUUGUUCGAAUCGCUGUGGCGCGAGCCCUGCUUAGCGCUGCGCGGGCCAGGGCCGCACAGCCCGGUCAUGGACGUGUUUGCAGACAAGCAAACCACCAAGGUGCCGGGCGCCUUCUUCUCACGCUACUGGAGCCCCAACACACUGGGCGUGGACGCCUUCGCGCAGGACUGGGCUAUGUGGGCGGGGGGAGGCAUUCUGUACAUUAACCCGCUGUUUGACGAGGUGGGGAAGGUGCUGCGCAAGGUAGCGGACGAGAAGGUAGACUGCGUGAUCAUCGUGCCGGUGUGGCCCAGCUACUGGGUGAGUGAGCUACGCCAGCUGCCCGUGCAAGCCAAGCGGAGGCUGCCGCACCGGCCGGACCUGUUCGUGCCGGGCAAGCAGCACCUCGAGGCGCACGCCGGUGACUGGGUCGUGAAAACAUUUCGGGCAAUUUACUCGGGCGACAAGUCGCUCGCCUUCUUCCUAGAGAAUCGGCAGGCGGUGGUGAAUGGCCUCAUUAGUCUGCUGUGGGAGCCGUUGCUGCUGGCGGCGGCGGCGGCCGGCGUGGAUGGGCCGGCGCAACGCCUCGGCAUCCCGGUGACUAGCCGCGGUGGCGGGGGCGGUGCCGCAGCGGCGGUGGUGUGCAUCCAGUUCGAUGCCACCUUCCCGUGCGAGCUGGAGCCUAAGCUGUCGGAGCUGUUGGACGAGGGCGGCGGCGUGGUGGCUCCCGCCGCCGGUGAUAUCCCCAGCCUUCGCUGGGAGGCUGAGGCGCAGUACUCGGAGGCGGGGCCCCCCAAGGGCAAGCGGUGGCUGCGCGUGAGCGGCCUGCCCCACGGACUGCCCGAGGGACUGCAGCGGGACCUCGUGCAGCACCUCUUGAGUACCCCAGUAGAGGAGAUUAAGCGGGACGUGUUCUCAUACCAGUUCUCGCAGCCCGUGCUGCAGAGUGGGCAAGUGCUGGUGAAGGUGGGCGACACCGCGCGCCUGCCAUCGGCCGACGACGCUUUCGCGGUGGGACUGGGCAGGUGGGGGCGUCAGGUGAUCUUCCAGCGGGAGGACAUCGAUCGGUACCUCGCGCAGGCGGCCCGGGGGGCCCAGGUGCGCCGGGUGCGCCGCCCGCCGCCUGCCCCGGCUGCCGCCCGAGCGGCGGCCACGGCGGCUCCGGACGCGGCGGCCACGGCGGCCGCGGCUGCGGCCGCGGCUGCGGCUGCGACCGUGAGGGCGACCGCGGCGGCGGAGGCCGCGGCGGCGGCGGUCGCCGCGGCGGUUGCCGCGGGCGCGGAUGCCGCCGCUGUGGGGGUGCUGAAGGCGGCGGCGGCUGCUGCCGCAGAGGCUGUGGGCGUGGGCGUGGGCGACGGUGGCGGCCGUGGUGCCGCGGCGGGCCUUGGGCUCGACGGCCGAGGCAACGGCAACGGCAGCGGCCGCGGCCGCGACGCCCGCCCGUGGCAGCAGAAGGUCCGCGGCCGCGUGGUGUCCGCGGCUGAAGAGGCGGACGCGAUGGUGGUCCGGUCGCUGGUGCAGGCGGUCUUCGCCGCGGUGAUCGCGAACGCGGCCGUGGUGCCGGCGGUGGUGGUUGACCCCAACCCCUUCCGCAUGCUGGUGGACCAGGACGCGAUGGAGGCGAUGCCUGACGACGAUGAGGUGAUGCCGGACCGGACGCCGACUGCGCUGGACGCUGCGGCAGCUGCGGCCCGGCGUGCGGCCCCCAAGCGGAGCCGGGAGCAGGCGCAGGCGGCGGCCGCGGCGGGCGAGGCGGCGCUGGCGCUGGCCAUCCGGGAGAGCAAGGCGGCCAAACAGGCCUUGGCGACGGCGGCGGCGGUGCGAGCCGCCGCAACAGCCGCGGCGGCGGCGGCAGCAGCGGCCGGGGCCACGGGCACCCCGGCGGCGGCCGAGGCCGGGGCGGCCGCGGCGGUGGUCGCGACAGCAGGCGUGAGUGGCACGAUGGCCGCCGUAGAGGCCACCGCUGCGGCGGGCGUGGAGCCGACCUCGCCGCCGGCCGCGCCGGUGUCAACGGCGGGCUUGGGGGGCAUCGUGGGCCCGGCGGUCCUGCCCGCGGGGUGGAGCAGCGACGGUGGUGUGGGUGAUGAGGGCCUGGCGGGCGGCGUCGGGCAGGGGCUGCUGGGGGAUGCGGAGACAGCGCCGGAUGCCAACGCGAAGCUGCUGUGUCAGGGCCGGCGGGGCGGUCCUGGCGACUUCAUGGACGUUAAGACGCACGUUCUUGACUCGGACAUCGACCUUGUCACGGCGGACCUGGCGGCAGCCGCUCAGCGGCUGCAUGCACGAGAGUGGACUGCGUGGUGGGCGCCGGCCCAGAAGCCGGAGGGCCGUCGUGUUACUGGCGGUACGGCAAUCCUCAUUCGGUCGAGCCUCCUGCAGCAAGGCGCCAUGGUGCUCGCUGGCGGCGCAGCUGCCGUGUCGGUGGCGGCUGGCGCAUGGGCGGGCCGCGGUGUUAGUUUGCAGUUGCAGUGGGGUGGCCACACCUUCACGCUGACGUCAGCCUACUUUCCCCUGGCAUCCACAGCGCAGCAGGCUUUCAUUCGUGAGUGGGUGGGCCUUCGGGCGUCGGGCUCGGGCGAGCACCUCCUGGCAGCUGACUUCAACUUUGUGGCAGAUGUGGCGCUGGACACCGUCACUGGCCGGGCGCGCAGCGACGGACCCGCAGCCGCCGCGCUGGCGGCGGCGUGCCCUGGCCUCAUUGACGUGUUACGGCGGCGCCACCCGGCUCGCCGCGUGUGUACCUUCUUCCACCCCCACGGGGCGAGUCGGCUGGACCGCAUUCUGUGCAGUGGCGGCCUCGAACCGCAGGUCCUGGAGUGCGGCGUCGCCGCCGGGGUGCCCUCCGACCAUAUGCUUGUGACGGUUGCCCUUGCGGCGUCGCCUGAAGCCGCGCCACCCGCUCGGAGCCUGCCCAGGGCCCACCUCGGUUUCCGGGACUUCAAAGACUUGGAUCGUGACUACCGUGCCUGGCUGGGUACGGCCCUGGCGGCACGCCCUACUGAUCCUGUUGAGCUGCUGGAGUGGUGGCCGGCCCUUAAACGGGCUGCCGCCACGUCCGCCAACCGCCUGAGCCGGGAAGCUGUUACGAGGCGUGUGGCCGCCAGCCAGCGGGAGGCGGCCGCGCUUGAUGCGGCGGCCGCAGCUGCCGCCGCGGUGGAGGCUGGCGGUGAUGUGCAGGUGGCGGCGCAGGCGGCCGUGCGGGCGCGGUGCGCGGCGGCGGAGGCCGCCGUGGCCGCGGCCGCCGGCGCGGCGCGACGUACGCGCCACGCGUGGCUGCGUGGCGGCGAGAAGCCCUGCCCUCUCCUCACGCGCAUGCUGCGGCCGGCGGGUGGGCCGCGCGUGAUUGCCAAGUUGAAACAGCCCAAUGGCACCACUACAUCCGACCCCACGGUCAUGGGGCAGGUGAUGGCGCGGUACUGGAGGGACGUCAGUGCCGCGCCGCCGCCCGCUCCGGAUGCCCGCACGCAAGUCCUGGAUGCGCUGCAACAGCACGGGCGCCGGUGUACAGCCGAAGAGGCGGAUCAGCUGGGGCGGGUUGCGGUCUCGGCGGCGGAGGUGCACCCGGCGGCAACGCCCCUGCGUUUCUUGGUGCGGGGGGCCGCGGACCGUGUGCUGAAUAAGCCGCUCACCCCGGCGGGCAAGCCGUUUGCGCGCCUGCUGAAAGCCAUGACUGCAUUGCCCGCGGUGACUCUUGUGGCGCCGCCCGAGCCGGGCGGGGACCGUGCUGCAAAUGGCUCCACAGUUAGCCGCCCUGAAGGCUAAGCAUUUGCAAUAUGUGUGCGAUGCGGGUGUGUCGGGGGUGGGGGCUGCCCUGGCGGCGGGGGCCUUCGUGUGCACCUUGGCCCGCUUGUGGUCGCUGAAAUGGGAGAAUCAUCAUAAGGAAGCACUGUGGCGUGUGGCCGCCAACGCUUGCUGGGCGUUUCCACGACAUGCUAGCGAGCGGGCGCGAGGCGUUGCUGUUGACCCGUGUUGGGCGUGUGGGGUUGACAUGCAGGAUGGGGACCGGCGUCACUGGUUUUGGGACUGCACUGUUGCGCUGUCACUGCGGGAAAGUAUGGGGAUGGCUAUGGGUUUCCUGCCGGAGGAGGCUCUAAGUGCCUUCUCUCGUGAGGAGUUGUGGUUAGUGCGCCCGCCUGCGGGGCUUGCGCCACCUGUGUGGGAUGUGGUGUGUCUCGCUGCUAUGUCUGCCCUGGACUUUGGUCGGCAGCGUGUGGUUAUGGCCGGGUUGGCGGCGCGAGCGAAGCUGCCGUCGGCCCGGGUGCUGAGCAUUGGACUUGCCGUCGUGGCUGACUUCUGGGGUUUGUGACUUUGGGUAUCAGGCCAAAGGGUUGGGACGCUGUGCCGUUUGCGCAUCCCUUCAUAUCUCGGGCUGUUGGUGACGGCAUGGUUUUGCGCUUGCCGUAUGACGCUGAUUCCCCGCCCCCCUCGCCGUGAGAGGUUGUGCGUGGUUGGUGGCUCUGUGUGUGGGCAGGAUGCACGUGUGGGCGACCGUUCUAGUACCUGGACGCUUGCGCCCUGGUUAGUGCGUGCGCUGUGCGUGUGUCCUGCGGCCUAGACGUUUCCCGGCACUCCUGUGCCUAGGCUUGUGGCGUUGAGGCACAGCGGUGGGGCUCUGGCGGGUUGAGGCUUGGCUAGGACUCACUGUGCGCGGAGUCACACGGACUUUGCCCGCGGGAGGGUUUGCAGCAAAGUCGGGGUUGGGCCCUGAUAGCAUGUGAUGGCUCGGCGUCUUCGGGAGCUGGGACUGUCCCCUCUGUAACAUCCGCAUCCAUAUGGUGAUGGGUUUAGCACAGGGCCUCGGUAACGUGAAAGAGGAAGGCACGGGAAGUGAUGAAACAGAGCAGAAGGCGGUCGCGUGUGAGCUUGGAGUGCGGAGUUGUUAGCAAGGGCUAGGACUGAAGUGAGAGACGCAGACGCAUCUGUACGGCUGACCCGCUGUCCGCAAAGAUCAGAGCCGCCUGCAGGCGGUGUCUUGGGGUAACUGGCACGAAGCAUUCUUCAGUCUUUAUAUGCCAAGGGAACUCGGAAUCGGUA